AUGCCUGACUACGCUUUUUAUUUUCCAAUCAAUCGGCCAUCCGCCAACUCUCUUCUAGCUCUGGAGCCGCGCCAAGAAUCGGCGCUGUUCUCAUUACCGGCUUUGAAAGAGCUUUACAACCAUGGCUUGCGACCAUCUUCCUUCCAUCCUUUCAAGAAUAGCUUUAAGGAGAAACACCUGAAGUGCUUUCCUUGGCUCGUUGUUGAGUCCAAGCCGAAACAAGGCACAAACGGCGCCAUCGCGCGAUUGAGAGAGGUGGCCUACUGUCAGGCCAUUAACGGCAGCGGUUGUGCUUCCAGACUCAAGGAGUUUCCCGCAUUAAAUGAGAGGAAUUUGCCUGGCCUGGCCGCAUAUCCCCCCAGUCCCAGCCGGGACUCCAGUGGGGCCGGAGGUAAAGGUCUGGAUACCGUAUUAUAUCGAGAACUCCCUCGCAUGUCGUUACAACGCGGUGAAAAGGAAGCAGAAACUGGCAAAGGGCUAUCGGCUGGGCCUUCCCGGAGACGAGAAAGCGGGACGAAAUUUCUCGCAGGACCAAUCGAGGUUGAAGUUGAUGGAAGUACCAGUGAUGAGGACUAUGACGAAAAUGAGGAAGAUGAUGAUAGUGGCGACGACGAUGAAGAAUGUGAGGAUGAUGACGAGACUGGCGAGGAAGAGAGUGAUGAGAAAAACCUUGUAUGGGACUAUGUUAGAAGGCAGGCUACUAAAGAUGCUGAACUCGAGGCCUGCCACGAGGAUUGGGGGUCUUGA